GGCAACGCGACGCAGUAUACAAAGCAUCCCUGCCGCACCCUUUGUACAAAAAGGUCGCAUAAAUUUGCAUUGGCGAAUUGAAUGUGGAUUUGAGACCCCACCUUAAUGUAGCCGUUUUCCGCCAGCCGGGCGGGGCUACGCCAGAUUCGAUGCAUGUUCAUCCGAGCCUACCUGUACAAGUGCUAGCUACCGAAUUCGAGCUUAGCCUUGUGCUCCACGCUGCACACACAACUGGUGCUCAUCAAGCUCAAGACAUAUACCUUAUACACCAAAGGAUACCCGGAUAGCUUGAAGACGACCUCCCGCCAAUAACCAUGGCACGCAAACGAAAAGCAGACCCCGUCAAGAUCGAGCUCAAGCAGCCAGACCGCUCCGGUCCAUCCGACAAGACGCUCCUCGACAUCGCCAGCGAGCGUAAUCUCUUCAGACAGGCAGACGAAAAGCAAAGGGAGAACGACCUUAAAAAGUUCGGAUGGUCGGCCACAGCCGCUGCCGAUACUACGGAAGAAGGCGAGGCCGAAAGCCUGUCUCCCCGGGCAGAGCGCGUCCUGGACACCCUUCUGUGGAGUGUGAGCCUGGCCAUGCUGCACUUCACUUUUGAUGUUUUGGUUCAAAACCAGUUCGCUGUGGAGAUUGAAUGGCCCAAGGUGUUCACACGAGGCUUUCAAGCUCUCCUGGUCUUCGGCUUCCUAUUCUACAACCUUCACCCACAUGCCUCGGAACCCAUUUUAGUGCCAUUCGUCCCCAGGAAAUAUCAGAAUGGAAUCCGACAAGCCAUCUUCUUCGCCGCCAGCAUAGCUGCCGGUUGCUAUCUCAUCCACGUCACCAACGAACAUGCCUAUCUCGCCGUCAUGAAGACGGCACCUUCGAUCGGCUGCAUUUGGGUAUGGGCUGUGCUUGAGCUCAACCUUUCCCUAUCGUUGCUCAGUCUUGCCAUCACAUAUGUCUUUUUCAAGCAGGGCGGAUACAGUCUCGCAUGAUGACUUGACUCCAUACUACAGCAACUAUCAUCCCCUGUGAGCCAAUUGUGCCAUAGCUCUCAGUAUAUUUCGCACCGAGUCAUACCUCAGUGACACCCCAUGGCCACGUUCUUAGGGCAUUCAGCUGUGCGAUGCUGUCGAAUAAUCUUCUAAUUGCUGUAUAAUGGUUCUAAGAAGAACACGUGCAUACCGCGACACGCCAUCUUUGAGCGAUUGGCUAUGCACAGUACGUAUCGCUUCCGGCACUUUUCCUGGUUGUACCUCAUGUGACAAAUACCAGGCAUGGCCGAC